AUGUCACAAAACACAAAAACCUAUAAGGACGCUUUUGCCCUCUUUGACAAAAAGGGAACAGGCAAAAUCCCUGUGGAACAUUUGGGAGAUUUGUUAAGAGCGAUUGGACAAAAUCCAACUCUUGCUGAAAUAUCAGAAUUGCAACAAUCAAUCAAGACCCCUGAUUUCGACUUUGAAACUUACCAGGAGAUUAUUAAUCGUCCUGACGGAUUUAAACCUUUGGGAUUGCCAGAGGAUUACAUAAAGGGAUUUCAAGUAUUUGAUAAGGAACAAACUGGAUAUAUUGGUGUUGGUGAGUUGAGGUAUAUUUUGACAUCUAUUGGAGAGAAAUUGUCUGACCUGGAAGUAGACGAGUUGUUGAAGGGAGUAAAUGUCACCUCUGACGGCAAUGUUGACUAUGUUGAGUUUGUUAAAUCUAUAUUGGAUCAGUAA